AUGCUCCGCCUGGCCCCUCUACCCCGACACCUGGAAGAACAACCACCACCGACGGGGACCAUGCUCUCCCUCCCCCGAGGAGAAACAACUACCAUCGACGGGGACCCACCAGACCCAACCGUCGCACACAUUUACGAGAAUGACGACGAGUUCAGGCAGGGGCUCGGGGCGCCUCUGAGCCGCGACGUUCUCGGUGCCCCGCCUGUUCCCUCUUCCCCGAGACCAGCGAGAGGAGACGACGGGUCAGCCGGCGGUCAGACGGACAGCGAGAACCAGCCUCCAGACGCCGCGGAAGAAGGACGAUCCAUCUGGGAACGACUGCGCCAUUGUUGCCAGCUGCAAGGCCAAAGAAUCGGCUUUAUCAUCCUCAUCAUCAUCAUAGCGUCCAUCAUGGUAACACUGAUGGUGCACGUGAUUCUGGUGCACACCGGCUCCCCACCGCUGCACCACGGCUCGCCUGUGACCAGCAAUCGAGGAACCGACACCACUGGACCUACAGCACAUGCCUGGCAGAGCUCUGCUGAGCCGAGGACUGUGACGUUGGCUGACGUCACCAUGGUCGAUCCGGCCCGCGGGAGCAGCCCUCCUGCCGCAGUGCCUGCGAAAGUGGAAACUGAAGGGCCUACCCAAGCCACCAUGACCAUGCCGCUUUCCGUGGACACUAAAGAAGUGCCUGUCGGAAUCAGCAGCGCACGGGUCAUCACCUUUGGUAAUGCGUCGGGGCCUGGAAACCUGCGCGGCGUAUGCGCAGUCACAGUGUCCCCAGACAACAAGAUCUGGGUGGCCGAUGCGUACCAAUCGCGCCUCCAGGUCUACAGCAUGGAAGGUGCAUUUCUGCACCAGUUUCCGCAAGCUGCGCCAGGGCUGGGAUGCCCAGGAAAGACGCCGGUUGACGUGUCCAUCGACAGAGAUGGGCACAUAUGGAUCUUGAUAAAUGGGUACCCUACCAGCGUCGACAGCGUCGUCCAGUUCGACAGGGAGGGUGAUCUCAAAGCCAGGUUCGACCUCCCUAACACCGUGCCAUGGGGGGCAUCCCGCGGAAUGGCCGUGGGCUCGCACGUUUUUGUCACCUGGUCUAUCGGUCCAAGUGGCGGUGUGCAAGCCUUGCAGCCUGAUGGGAAAGCCAUGUGGGACGUCAGCCCGCGGCAGGGGAUGAAGACACCGAGGAACAUCGCCGUCAGCGGAGAAGGGUACGUCUACGUCUCCGACUACGGCCGUCACUACGUCUACGUGUACAACACGACCGGACAGUACGUCACGAAGUUCGGAGGACCGGGACAUGGUGGCGACCGCCUGGAUCGUCCCAAGGGCAUCUGUACGGACAGUUCCGGUCACGUCCUGGUGGUGGACACAUGCAACGAGCGUGUCGUGAUGUACUCGGGCCGGGGCGCGUAUGUCCGCGACAUCGCCAUCCCCCGACGACCUGCGGAAUACUGCACUGCGGUGGGGGUUGCAGUUGGGCCAGGAGGACAGUUAGUUGUGGCCAGCAGAGACACAAUCGUUGUGUUCCCCCGCUACUGAUAGGCCAUGUUGAUUUGAGCAAAUGGAAGACAUCCAGGCGUGCAUGAAUUUUCGUCCUGUCGCCCCCCCCAAAAAAAAACAA